AGCCCAGUCCACAUACACGUGUGAUCGUUUCCGGCCCGUUUAAGACUAUGAAGCUCUAGAUCUAAUAUCAUCAUCAUCCCCAGUUACUGUCAUUGUAUUAACUUUUCUCAACUCUCACAACUCUCGACUAGAUUUGGAAUUACAAGACGCCCGGCUUUGAGUACGCAGAUGGUACUAUGUCAGCCAGUCCGGAGAUCGAUUUACCAAGCAGCUCAGAACUGGGAGUUGAACAACCAAUUCACAGCCCGGGAAUAAAGAACUUUCCUGUGGAUGACUCCCGAAGAAGCUUUGACCCCGCUUCCGGCAGCAGCAAAGACAUGGAAAAGGAGAAGUAUGAAGAGCAAGAGGAGGAGAUGAUUGACAACGACCUUCCUGCCAAUUCCAGCAGUGAAGAAAUUGUUUGGAGGUAUCUCACAUUUGAGACCGACCUUCCACAUCCGACGAGUCUGCUUCCGUCAAUACAUCCGACAACCGGCACGGACCACGGACCACCUCCAGAACCACCAAACCUUGCGAAAUAUACGAACCCAUUCGAUUGGACUGAAAAGAGGAAGAACUUUACAAUAUGGGUCGCAUGCGCCAUUACGGCCCUCACGGCGUAUGCCGCAGGGUCUUAUACUCCCGGUGUUGCUCAAAUGUCAGCCGAAUGGGGAGUUAGCCCUGUUGCAGUUUUAGUGGGCAUCACCACUUUCACAACUGGUUUCGGCGUGGCGCCCAUGGUGCUUGCUCCGUUCUCUGAGAUCAACGGACGCCGUCCAGUGUUCAUCGCGUCAGGCCUUCUGUUCGUUAUUUGUCAGCUAUGUACUGGCUUUACGCAAUCAUAUGCGGGCAUGCUCGUAGUUCGCUUCAUGGUCGGAGUCGGCGGCUCGACGUUCUCGACGAUGGUUGGAGGCAUUGUGUCUGAUAUCUACCAUACGGAGGACCGCAAUACGCCAAUGGCUCUCUUCUCCGGAGCUGCGCUUUUCGGUACAGGCUGGGGCCCGUUGAUGUCAGGAUUCAUUGCGCAGAAUCUGUCGUGGAGAUGGAUCUUCUACCUCCAAACCAUCAUGGCCGCGGUUAUGGUUGCUUUCAUUUGCAUCAUCUUCAAGGAGACACGGGGCUCCGUGCUCCUCUCCAGAAAGGCAAAAGCACUGAACAAGUGGUAUGACGAGCGUGAAGCAGCUGGCUAUUACGGAUUCAACGUGCCGAACUCAGAAAAGCCCGGCUCCACAAUCUCGCAAAGAAUACGCUGGAAAGUUAAGUCCGACGAGGAACGUGCCUCGCUCAAGGUUAUGAUAGCCGUCUCGCUCUACCGACCAUUCCACCUGCUCUUCACCGAACCUGUCGUAUUCUGGUUCUCGCUCUGGGUCGCUUUCUCCUGGGCCGUGUUAUACCUUACUCUCGCCGCGAUCCCGCUCGUGUUCCAGAACAACCAUGGCUUCUCCCUGCAACAAUCCAACGCGGUUUUUGCCGCAAUGUGCGUCGGCGCGUUGAUCUCAAGCGUGCUGGCCAUCUACCAAGAGAAGAUUGCCCGUAAGCACGGCAAGCUGAUCAACACGCCGGAGGGACGCCUGUACUUUGCCUGUGUAGAGAGUGCUUGUAUGCCGAUUGGCAUGUUCAUGUUCGGCUGGACGAGCGGUAGCAACAUCCAUUGGAUCGUGCCUACGAUCGCCGUGUCGAUCGCGACGAUCGGUAUCUUCACCAUCUAUCUCAGCGUGUUCAAUUAUCUUGCGGACACAUACCACCGAUAUGCCAGCUCUGCACUUGCGGCCCAAUCGUUCUGCAGAAACAUCCUUGGUUCGUCAACGUUCCCAUCUCCUCGUAUGACCAUGCUAAUACAGUGCUUUUCAGGCGGUAUUUUCCCUCUCGUAACGACGCAGAUGUACACCAACCUUGGCUUUGGGCCGGCGAGUAGCUUGCUGGGUGGUAUCGGCACGCUGUUGACAGUCGUGCCGUGGAUCCUUGUCUUCUAUGGCCCAAGAAUCAGGGCAAGGAGCAAGUUUGCCAGUGAGAUUAUGAACACAUGAAGAUAACAGGUGGUGGGAUUUUUAGACCUAGACGUAGACAAACAAAAGCAAUAUACCCUUUUCAACGCCAUGGAUACAUACCAUAGAUCCGCUUCGCACAGUGAAGAGACUCGCGUAGUGACU